AUGCACCAGGUCUUUCCCAAUACUGGAAAUUCACCUCGCUCCUACAGACCAUCCAAGACAGUUUCACUUUCACAGACUUUGAGCAACAUCGCCAGCGACCCAUAUGCUUCUAGUCUACCCCAGCAUGCCUCCCAGAGUUAUCUUGAACCACCGGACACAGUAUCGAUAGCACCACCAACGCGCUACGCAUCUAUAGCUGACUGUCCUAUCGCCGAGCCGACUAAAUUACAUCACCGAACCGUCACAGGGCCAGCCCGAUCCACCAGUGACCUGCCACCUCUCAUAAGUCGAUAUUCCGACUCCAGAAACUUGUCCACCGCUCAAUUUUCCGUCAUACCUCAACUCGACCCCUCCUCACAACUAGACGAUUUCCACCCCUCUCCCCAGCAGUCGCGGCAGUCAUCGCCAACGCGAUCUAAUAGAUUCUCUGUACUCACAGGCAAGUCAGAAGAGAAGGCUGGAAAGCUCGCGGGUUGGUUUAAGGGCGAAUCUAAACCAAUCAGCGUUGGAAUCAUACCGUCGCCAACGAAGGAGAAGAGUGAUCCCCUGGACAGCAUCGCAGAAUCGUCCGACAUACGAGCUACUAACCUGCUGCAACGGCUCUCGACUACGCAGGUUAUGCCAAAGCCUGCAAUGGCGAGUCGCUUCUCUUUCUUCUCGAGCAAAGCCUCCUUGGUGAAACCUAUACCGCUGCCGGACGAGCUCAGCGAUGAGCUUCUCGAGAUGGACGUCAGCGCCGCUCUGUUUCCCAACGAACCUCCAAACCCCUUCUCGCCCGCUUCUUUCAAAAACCUACAACAGCAAGCUGAGGGUCUGCUAUCGCGAUUACAGACGGCCUACAAGGAGCGCACAAUAGCACUGCGCGAUAUGAUGGCGGAGAAGGAGACUGUAGCGGAAGAGUCGGAAGGCGUUGAGACACGUGCUAGAUAUUUGAAGAUGCAACUCGAUGGUAUGACAGCCAAGUUUGCUGAGCAAGACGAAGCCAUGAUGAAUUUGGUGGACGAGCUAGCACAGGAGAAGCAAGCGCGCCGAGAAGAAGAGGAAGCGAGAAAGAGAACCGUACGAGUCGUUGGGGACGUUACUUCUCCGAGCAGCGGCCAUCGUGGCCUCAUGCGCUCAAACACGGUCAGCGACUCUGGGUUCGAGUCGGAAGACGAUAGCUCCGCCGAUAGCGUCUUCUCAAGACGGGACGGCGCUCGAUCGCCCAAUAUGUCCGUGUCAUCCGCCUCGACUACGAACUCGCCAGAUGUCUACCGAACACAAGACUUCCAUGUCUCAGCAUCGACGGCAGACAUUGGGCUUCUUCGCUUGCCCCAGGGUCAACCUGCAGCAAAAGGCAUGCCUGUUCAUUCUUGUACCAACUGUGAAGGCGUGAGAGCGUCGGAAGCUUGGAGCGUUGUCAGCAUUUUGAAGGAGGAGAACGAAGCAUUGAAACAUCGGGUGGGAGAAUUGGAAGGAGCAUUGGAUGGAUGUUUGGAUGUGAUAAGCUCGCCUUACGACCCCAAUGAGCCAAUCAAUCCCUACCCAUCGGGGUGCACAGACUUGAUUUCGCAACUCGGUCUUCUGUUGGAAAUUUCCCUGAGGUACCGCAUAGGAACUCCAACAGAGCCCUUCAACACCUCGACACAGAGAAAGAUGGCUACCGAACACGCCAUACCCAAAUGCUCCAUCAACCGGGCAAACCUGAUUGAUCGAUCGCCAGCAGCCCCUGCGCUCACCCCAAAUAUCCGCACUUCCAGCAACCUUUAUCGGGAACCCCGUAACCACCAACCACGCGAGAAAACCUCAGAAGACGGAAGACUUACUGUACAAGUAAAAAGUCCUACACGAAUCGCAACGUCGCUAUACAGGCACGACUCCGCAACCGCGUCAUCAAAAAGCAUCCCGCCCUCGAAUGGGGGCAUCCAUCCUACCUACUCCAUACACACACCCUGCGUUUAG